GCGCCUCCCCAGCAGAGCUCAGCUGUCUGUCUUGACUGCUUUCAAAAGCGCUUGAGUGUCAUUUCGAAAUUGUUUGUGGAUUUCCGAGCGCCUGAGUGUCCCUUUCAGAAAGUGUUGGCAAUGCCUCUAAAGCAUUUCCGGGCUCUUGGACAAGUUUUCGCAGCUGAGCGUCAAGGCAGAAUAUUAAGUCAGUGUGGGAGCAUGACUUUGAAAACAGUAAAACCCUACAGCGCUUCAGCGGGAGGCGAAGACGCGGGUGCAGGUCAGACCGUGGUCUCAGAGCGAAGGGGAUCUGUGAUUAUGGUGGCAAUAAACCGCCCAGAGGUGCGAAACGCGGUGGACCAGGAGACAGCGGGGCGUCUGCUGGAGGAGCUGCAGGCCUUCGACAGCGACCCUGACUUGAACGUGGCUGUUCUGCACGGGAAAGGAGGGAAUUUCUGCGCUGGUUAUGAUCUGAAAAUGCUGGCCAAUCAAAAAGCCCCCCUUAAAUUGGAGCAAGAUGUCACAAAGGGUCCUGGCCCAAUGGGUCCAUCCCGUCUGCAGCUGUCGAAGCCGCUGAUAGCGGCCGUGAGCGGCUUCGCUGUGGCCGGAGGGUUGGAGCUGGCCCUGCUGGCUGACCUGAGGGUGGUGGAGGAGAGCGCCAUCAUGGGGGUCUUCUGCCGCAGAUUUGGAGUUCCCCUGAUUGACGGAGGGACAGUGCGGCUUCCUCGCCUCAUCGGUUUAUCAAGAGCGCUUGACCUGAUUGUGACCGGGCGGCCAAUCGGCGCUCAAGAGGCUCUGUCCUACGGACUGGCCAAUCGAGUUGUUCCUGAUGGACAAGCGUUGCAGACAGCCGUGCAGCUAGCAGAGCAGAUCAGCUCCUUCCCUCAGCAGUGUCUGCGGACGGACCGCUCCUCAGCCGUGUACAGCUGCUACGACGCCCCGUCCUUCACACAGGCCAUGCAGUAUGAAUUUGAUCACGGAGUUCAAGUCAUCCAGUCUGAAGCGAUUCCUGGGGCUAUCCAGUUUUCUUCAGGAGUUGGACGAGGAGGGAAAUUCCCCUAGCAUUUCACAUGUAGGAGGAUUUAUGAACUGUGACUUCAGGUGAUCUCAGUCUAUUGUUGCCACAAACUUGUGUUGCAAUCAGUUGAACUACUGCUUUACAACAUGCAAAAAUCAAGAAUAUAGAACACAAUGAGAAAGUUUUGUAUCAGCGCAGAAUGCUUCGUAUGGGAAAUGAAAUCUUUAUUAAUUACCUUAUUUUCUCCAUUAAAAUAAUAAAAAAAUUGCCCUGUAAUUGAGCUUUUCCCCCCCAUCUAUUUAAAAUGUAUCAAAUCAUUUCUCAGAAAUAUUUGUGUGCUUAGCAAACCAGGGCUUUAGCAGAUUACCACAAAACAAACCCAACACAAAGGAUUUCAGUGGCUUCAAAAGCAUCAAACCUGCACCAUCUUGUCACCGAUUCCUUGAACUGAUGCGAAAACCACUUGAUAACCGUCUGCUUGCAUAUCUGUGCAAGCUUGUGUGAAUAAAUCCGCAGACCUCUUGUCAGAUCUGUGCCAGGUGUAAAAAUUCCUGUGGCUACGAAGUGGAGGCUUUAGCUUCAGAGAGAAAUGUGUGCAAAUAUGUCGUACGUAUGACGCUUAUGGCUGUUUGAAAGUUUGAACUCCUUUUGUUUUUAAUAAACAAAGGUUACACAAGAAGGCCUAAACCCCAAAGUGUAUAGCGGUGAACGUCUUUGUGGAUGCACGGUUGUGCAC